UCUGCUCUCUCAGUAACAGAAAGUGGCCGCCUCUCUGCUGUUGCUGCCGACUCAAAGCUCACGGACUCGCUCGGCGCCUCAAACCGCCAUUUUGGAGUCAGAGAACCGAGAGUCGGCAGCAGCGAAGAGAGAGACGGAAAGGGGGACACGGGGCCGAGGGGAUUUCCAUCAUUGUCUGGUCAUUAAUGUUGGAAUCAAGAACAAUGGCAUCAUUCAUUGAAAAGUAAAAGUUUCUGCCCUGCUGGGCAGAGGUGUCUGUGCUGCAUGGCGUCGGUGCAGAGUGGCCGACUGGAAGGUGGGGCAUCGGGGAGCUCUGGCCUGGCCAAACCUCUCUACCUGCAGCGCUUGGAAAGAUCCCUGAGGUUGGACAGUUUCCUUCGUCAGACUGCCGCUAUCUUCAAUGGAGACAUAACCAGUGACGACAGUGAUGAGAGCGAUGGUGCGUUGGGGACCGGGCUAUCCCUGGAACCCUCCGCUCAGCAUGCAGCUUUGACCGUGAAGAGGGAGUCAUGUGAGCAAGGGCACGGGUUGUCAGAGGGAAAACCCCUCAACGGAGUCCUGCUGCAGGGGAAAGACCAAAAGGCGGAUAAAACGAGCCUCUACAAUUUCUCCAAGCUUAAGAAGAACAGGAAGUGGCUGAAGAGUAUCCUGUUGAGUGAUGACACCACGGACUCGGACACAGACUCAGAUGACUCUGACUUCAGUUUGUCUCGGGAGGAGCUGCACGACAUGCUGAGGCUACAUCGCUACACCAGGCAGCAUCAGAGCAAGUUCCACUCUGACCGCGAGCUUCACCAAUAUCAGUAUUACAGCACUGGACUCCUCUCAACUCAUGACCCCUUCUAUGAACAACAGCGCCACCUGCUGGGCCCCAAGAAGAAGAAAAUCAAAGAUGAGAAGAAAUUCAAAGCUAAACUGAAAAAAGUGAAGAAAAAGAAGAAGCGAGGAGAGGGAGAGUUUCUGGACGAUGGGCGCCCUUAUAUCACCAAGAUCUUUGCAAAGUUUUCCCAUGAUGCUCCGCUGCCCAUGGUGAAGAAGAAACAUCUCACCAUCGAGCAGCUGAACGCACGGCGGCGUAAGGUGUGGCUCACCAUCGCUAAAAAGGAGAUUCCCAAGUCUUUCAAGCAGAAGACCUCUGCGAAGAACUUAGUGUUGACCAACGCCAAAAAGUUGGCUCAUCAGUGCAUGAGAGAGGUUCGGCGUGCAGCUAUCCAGGCUCAGAAGAACUGUAAGGAGACAUUACCGCGGGCUCGCCGCCUCACCAAGGAGAUGAUGCUCUACUGGAAGAAGUAUGACAAAGUGGAGAAGGAGCACAGAAAGAGGGCGGAGAAGGAGGCGCUGGAGCAGCGUAAACUGGAUGAAGAGAUGAGAGAAGCCAAGCGUCAGCAGCGUAAACUGAAUUUCCUCAUCACCCAGACUGAGCUUUAUGCUCAUUUCAUGGGCGGUAAAGCGAACACGGGGGGUCCAGAGGAAGAUCCGACCCAGGAGGAAAUUCUGAGAAAGCUGGAAGACACUGCGGCGCACAGACAGAUUGACAUCGGAGGAGGCGUAAUGGUCAACAUGGGACAGGAGGACUAUGAUAGUGAAUACUACAAGUCCCAGGCCUUGAGGAACGCCAAAGAAGCUUACCAGAUUCAUCAAGAGAGAACGCGAAUGUUUGAUGAGGAGGCUAAGGACAGUCGCAGUGCGUCACUACACGCAGCUGUAGGCUCAUCUUCAGGCGCCGGCUCUGGAUUUGGAGAGAGCUACAGCCUCUCUAACCCGUCCAUCCAUGCAGGAGAAGACAUUCCUCAGCCCACCAUCUUCAACGGAAAACUCAAGGGUUACCAGCUCAAGGGCAUGAACUGGCUGGCCAACCUCUACGAACAGGGAAUCAAUGGAAUCCUGGCAGAUGAGAUGGGACUGGGGAAGACAGUGCAGAGUAUCGCCCUGUUGGCACACUUAGCAGAGAGAGACAACAUCUGGGGUCCGUUCCUCAUCAUCUCUCCUGCAUCCACGCUCAACAACUGGCAUCAGGAGUUCACCCGCUUUGUGCCCAAAUUCAAGGUGUUGCCGUACUGGGGGAAUCCACACGAUCGCAAGGUGAUUCGGAAAUUUUGGAGCCAGAAAACCCUUUACACACAAAAUGCACCGUUCCACGUGGUGAUCACGAGCUACCAGCUGGUGGUCCAGGACGUCAAGUACUUCCAGAGGGUCAAGUGGCAGUACAUGGUUCUGGAUGAGGCCCAGGCAUUGAAAAGCAGCACCAGUGUUCGGUGGAAAAUCCUUCUGCAGUUUCAGUGUCGAAACAGACUGCUGCUCACCGGGACGCCCAUCCAGAACACGAUGGCUGAGCUGUGGGCCCUGCUGCACUUCAUCAUGCCUACACUGUUUGAUUCCCAUGAAGAGUUCAACGAGUGGUUCUCGAAGGACAUCGAGAGCCACGCUGAGAACAAAUCUGCCAUCGAUGAGAACCAACUUUCCAGGCUGCAUAUGAUUCUGAAGCCUUUCAUGCUGCGCAGGAUCAAGAAGGAUGUGGAAAACGAGCUCUCAGACAAGAUUGAGAUCCUGACCUACUGCCAGCUGACGUCGCGGCAGAGGUUGCUCUACCAGGCUUUGAGGAACAAGAUCUCUAUUGAGGAUCUGCUGCAGUCCUCCAUGGGCACGGCGCAGCAGGCCCACAGCACCACCUCCUCCCUCAUGAACCUGGUCAUGCAGUUCAGGAAGGUGUGUAACCACCCUGACUUGUUUGAGCGCCAGGAGACGCGCUCUCCUUUCCACAUGUCCCUGAAGCCCUACAUCAUGUCGAAGUUCCUCUAUCGGCACGGCCUCCUCCACGCACACAACCAGGCCAAAAACAAAUUACUUCAAGUGCUGUUGUCUCCCUUUUCUCCAAAUCACAUCCAGCAGUCUCUUUUCCACAGAAGAGGUGAUGACAAAGGAAGCUGUUUCUCCUUCCUGCGCUUCAUCGACGUGUCACCAGCUGAGAUGUCCAAUCUAAUGCUGCAAGGCACCUUAGUAAGAUGGUUAGCCCUUUUUCUGUCCCUCAAAGCUGCGUAUCGGCUCCACCAUCAGCGCCUGUUUGGCCUUGAAGAAGAGUGCCAAGAGGAAGCGGGAUCCUCGCAGGAGGAGAGGGGGAGGUCACAGCCUAGGAGUAGGUGUCUGUCUCACAAGGACCUCAUACUGUGGCUGAACAGACCCACCAGUUUCCCGAACACGCGCACCAGCCCCGUCCUACAGGGCCUGGUGUUCACAGCUUUAAGACCCGGCAUGAUGGGACACUCAGACGUGAUGGUCCACAGUCGAAACUCCUCCACCUCGACGCUGCGGCCCUGCCAGCCCACACUGCCACCCAAGUUCUUGCUGGCAGCCACGCCCAGGGUGACAGCAGUUCCCAUGGAGCGUUAUUGUGACGACCGCAGCGCCGAGUAUGAGUGGCGGGUGACGCGUAGCGGAGGGGGCACAGUCUUCAAACAGUGUUUCCUCUACGGCUCCCCUGAGCUCGCCUCAGACUGGCGUGUGAGGGCCAACGCCUUCCACCCACAAUGCCCAGGGGGUGUGAUGGCGCUCCAUCCAAGACAUGGAUGGUCCUUCAUCCGGAUACCUGAUAAGGAGAGCCUGAUCACGGAAAGUGGAAAGCUCCACACCUUGGAUAUCCUGUUGAGUCGGCUAAAGGCUCAGGGACACAGAGUCCUCAUCUACUCUCAGAUGACCCGCAUGAUAGACCUGCUGGAGGAGUACAUGGUCUAUCGUAAGCACACCUACAUGCGCCUGGAUGGAUCCUCUAAGAUUUCUGAGCGCAGAGACAUGGUGGCUGACUUCCAGAGCCGGACGGACAUCUUUGUGUUUCUGCUGAGUACGAGGGCCGGAGGGCUCGGCAUUAACCUGACUGCUGCUGACACUGUUAUCUUCUAUGACAGCGACUGGAACCCCACAGUGGACCAGCAGGCCAUGGACAGAGCGCACAGGCUGGGUCAGACCAAGCAGGUCACCGUCUACCGCCUCAUCUGUCAGGGAUCCAUCGAGGAGAGGAUCCUGCAGCGGGCCAAGGAGAAGAGCGAGAUCCAAAGGGUGGUGAUCUCUGGAGGCAACUUCAAACCAGACACACUCAAACCCAAAGAGGUGGUCAGCCUGCUGCUGGACGACGACGAGCUGGAGAAGAAACUGCGUCAGAGGCAGGAGGAGAAGAGGCAGCAGGAAGAGUGCAGCAAAGUCAAAGAGCGCAAGAGGAAGAGGGAGAAGUACGCCGAGAAGAAGAAGAACGAGGAGUCGGAGAACAAGAAGAAAAAGGAGGUGAACCUGGUCAUCUCUCACGCACCGUCAGCAGACAACUCCAACCUCUCUGCAGACGGAGACGACUCCUUCAUCAGCGUGGAGAUGGACUCGGCCAUGCCCAGUCCCUUCAGCGAGAUCUCCCUGAGCAGCGAGCUCCAGCCCGGCUCGUUACCUCCGGACGCCGACGCAGACGAGAGCAGCAGCGACAUGCUGGUCAUCGUGGACGAUCCGGUGUCCUCUGCACCGCAGUCCCGCGCUACCAACUCCCCCUCCUCUGUGUCUGGAUCCGUCUCUGACAACAUGAACGGUGUUUCUGCCUCGGAAACGAUCAGUCCCGGCAGAGGCAGGUCUGGACGGAGUCGGGGGCGGCCUAAAGGAUCAGGAGGCGGGGCGAAGUCUGGAGGGAAAGGACGCGGGCGCAAGUCAACAGCCGGCAGCGCUGCAGCCAUGGCGGGAGCGAUGGCUGGUGCGGCAGCUGCAUCUGCAGCAGCUUACGCUGCUUACGGUUACAGUGUUUCUAAAGCAGGCCUCUCUGCGUCCAGCCCCCUGCAGCCUUCCCUGGGCCGGUCCAGCACCAGCCCCGCCUUCAACCCCAGCAGGAGCUCCUCUCCGCAGGCCAAAGGAGGCACCUCCACCCCGAGCCCCCACAGACAGCUGACCCACAGCCACCACCACAGCAGCCACGGCGCCGUCAGGAAGGGCAAAGGCCCCGGUGGUCCUGGGGCUCGAUAAUGCACUCAAACUGCACUGUACACACCCGAAAUGUGCCCUCACAUAGACGCGCAACUGUCUUAGUAUAGAACACACACACACACACACACACACACACACACACACACACACACACACACAUAACUGACCUACUCUCACUGUGACGCCCUACGCCUAAACUAAUGGGAAUACAGUAUAAAUAAUAACAGAGGCUUACUACCUGGAGGACCCUCUUCACACACACACACACACACACACACACACACACACACACACACACACAGCGUCAUAUGAAGGUACAGUCCCCUACCAGCCUCCACAUUUCUUGGUCCAGUUUUAUUUAAGGUGUCCGGGUCAGUGGACAGAAUCUGCCUUGAGUAUUUUUGUUUGCAUUGUGACAAGAGUAUCUCCAAGUGCUUUUUUCGAGAAGACGGACCGUACUUUUCUACUCGCGACAGGGAGCUCUUUGGAUGUGCUACCGAGCUGCGACGCUACAACAAAGACGUGAACACACACGUAGCUCAAAGGGCUUUGAAAUGUUUGCCAGUUUAGGGAGGCAAAGGAGUUUCUGUCAAAUGCACUGAGCCAAGUCUUCCGUUUGUUUUCCGCUGUUGUUGAUUCUAAUAAAUGUGCAUUAGGUUAUUUAAUUGUUCUGUAGAUAUGCUCAGUGCAAACUGGUGGACGAUUCUACAUUUCACAGAGCUUAAAGAAAUACUUCACCCUCCUCAUAAUUUGAAUAUCAGUUACUCACCCUGUGUUGCGCUGAAUUCCUAAAG